UGCUGGUCGGUUUGUGUGUACGUUUUUGAUCAACGUUUUCCACUUUAAUAGCCAGAAAUUACUAUUGUAGUAAUUAAAUAUUCGCUUAGUUAUCACCAAAGCUCUCUCUAUUUUGAUGUAGAUCAUUAAACCGCUACACUGCCUCAGAAGUUUGUCCGAAAUCAGUUUCGUGAGAUACUUUCGUACAAAAACGCAUGUCCACUAGCGAGGCAUCAAGUCAGCUGCCUAUUUUUCUCGGACUCAGCCCAUCUGUUGUUGUUCCCGGCAUAAGCCAUGAUAAUUCCAGGCCGGCAGGUGGCAGUAUCGCGUCUGCUAUGUGUUCUGUAUGCCGCCCUACAGCCAGCAAAGAGCAGGACGUUGUGAAUCACUCCGGGAAAAUAAAUAAUACUAACUGAACAACAGCGUCCCGGACAAAUUGGUCUUUUUACAUGAUGACUGUUGAGUGAACACUAGACGAGCGUUAUCGGCUCCUCUCACAGACACAUUGGUCUGUUUCACGCGAACACAGUCACAUCACCCGGAGCCGGUUCGGUUGUGUCAGUCACCCAUGAGAAGUGAGUGAAUUGAGUGUGUGGUUCUGAUCCUCAGGGAUGUGUCAUGGCAUCGGUUCGGGUGGCAGUUCGGGUCCGGCCCAUGAACAGACGGGAGAAAGACCUGUCUGCCAAAUGCAUCAUCGAAAUGGAAGGCAACAAGACCACCAUCACCAACUUAAAAAUACCAGACGGAGUGACUGGAGACUCUGUGAGAGAGAGAGCAAAGACGUUCACGUAUGAUUUCUCUUACGACUCAUCGGACUGUAAAAACGCCAGCUUUGUCUCACAGGAGAAGGUGUUUAAGGAUCUAGGCACUGAUGUGCUGAAGGCAGCAUUUGAAGGAUAUAAUGCCUGCAUCUUUGCCUACGGCCAGACCGGAUCGGGGAAGUCACACACCAUGAUGGGCAUCCCUGGUGAUGUCGGGCUCAUCCCACGGAUCUGUGAAGGAUUAUUCAGCCGCAUUUCAGGAAUGACUCGGAGAGAUGAAGCCUCUUUCCGUACAGAAGUCAGCUAUUUGGAGAUUUACAAUGAACGGGUGCGGGACUUGUUAAGACGAAAAAUGGCAAAGACGUAUAACCUCAGAGUCCGAGAGCAUCCUAAAGAGGGACCCUAUGUAGAAGACCUGUCAAAGCACCUGGUGCAGAACUACAGUGAUGUGGAGGAGCUGAUGGAGGCAGGAAACAUCAACCGCACGACAGCCAGCACCGGCAUGAACGACGCCAGUAGCCGCUCGCAUGCCAUCUUCACCAUCAACUUCACACAGGCUAAGUUUGAUGCUGAGAUGCCGAGUGAGACGGUCAGUAAGAUUCAUCUGGUGGACCUGGCAGGAAGCGAGAGGGCCGAUGCCACCGGGGCCACUGGUGUGCGACUCAAAGAGGGCGGCAACAUCAACAAAUCACUGGUCACUCUGGGAAAUGUCAUCUCCGCCUUAGCUGAUCUGUCACAGGAAGGAGGGAACAGUCAUUUGAAGAAGAAGCAGGUGUUUGUUCCUUACAGAGACUCAGUGCUCACAUGGCUGCUGAAGGACAGUCUGGGAGGAAACUCAAAAACCAUCAUGAUCGCUACUAUAUCGCCUGCUGACGUCAACUACGGCGAGACACUGAGCACGCUGCGCUAUGCUAACCGUGCCAAAAACAUCAUCAACAAACCCACGAUUAAUGAAGAUUCCAAUGUGAGACUUAUCCGUGAACUCCGGGCAGAGAUCGCUCGGCUGAAAGCGCUGCUCGCACAGGGAAAUCAGAUAGCGCUGCUCGAUUCCCCCACAGCGUUAAGUAUGGAGGAGGAACUGCAUCAUAAUGAAGCCAGGGUGUUGGAGCUGACCAAGGAAUGGACAAACAAAUGGAAUGAAACUCAGAACAUCCUCAAGGAAGAAACUCUUGCUCUGAGGAAGGAGGGAAUCGGAGUGAUCCUGGACUCAGAGCUGCCUCAUCUUAUCGGGAUUGAUGAUGAUCUGCUCAGCACCGGCAUCAUUCUCUAUCAUUUAAAGGAGGGAAGGACGUACGUUGGCCGUGAUGAUGCCACUAAUGAACCGGACAUCAUUCUUCAUGGUCUGGGUCUGGAAAGUGAGCACUGUCUGAUUGAGAAUCGGAACGGGACGGUCACUCUCAUUCCUCUGAAUGACGCUCAGUGUUCGGUCAAUGGAAUUCAGAUCACUGAGCCCUGCCAGCUCAACCAAGGUGCUGUCAUUCUCCUCGGCAGAACCAAUAUGUUCAGAUUUAAUCAUCCUAAAGAGGCGGCUAAACUACGAGAAAAGAGAAAGAGUGGCCUCCUAACCAGCCUGAGCUUAUCCAUGUCUGAUCUUUCCAAAUCCUGUGAAAACCUCUCCACGGUCAUGCUCUAUAACCCAGGUCUCUUCACUGAAAAGGGUCCCAUCUUUCUCAGACUGGAGUUUGAGAGGCAGCAAAGAGAAGAACUGGAAAAACUGGAAACUAAAAGGCGGCUGAUAAAAGAGAUGGAGGAGAAGCAGAAGUGUGAGAAGGCGGAGCUUGAGCGCAUGCAGCAGGAGGUGGAGUCUCAGAGGAAGGAGUCUGAGCAGGUGCAGCUGCGCAUACUCAGACAGGAGGAGAGCCUGCGCAGACGCAGUCAGGACAUCGAGAGCCGUCUAAGGGACUUGAUCGCUGAGAAAGAGCGAUUCCAGGAGGAGAGACACAGAGAUCAGAAGGAGCAGGAACAGCAGAAGCAGAGGAGACUACAGCCAAAGCAGAAGCUGGAGGAGAAGGAGAAGGAGGAGGUGGUGCAGGAGGAAGAUCUGGAGGAGGAUGAAAAGGCUCAGGCCCAGCGAGAGCGAGCAGAACAGACCGAGCUCUUCCGUGAGCUGGAGCGGCUCAAAAGAGAGCGGGAGGUGCAGGCCGUCAAACUCCAGCUAGAACGCAGGCGUCUGGAGGAGCGUGAGAAGGAGCAGCUGAGUCUGGUCGGGCGUCUGGAGGAGCAGCUGAGGGAGCGCAGCGAGGAGGCAGCCGCCCUGCUCACUCCAGAUGAAGCUCGUCGACUGGAGGAGGAGAGACGGACGCUCACCGAGCUCAGGGAGGAGCUGCUCAGAGCAAAGGAGGCGCGCAUUGAUGGAGAGGAGGAGAGCGGGGAGGAGGCCCGGAGGAGCGCACAGGCACGCUAUGAACAUUUCAAGCAGAUGCAGGUGGAGGAGCUGGGUUUGCUGGAGGAGUCACUGAUCCAGCAGAAGGACCGGCUGGAACGGGAGGUGGCCAAUGAACGCACGUCUCUCGGCCUGCUGCUGCACACGCACAAGGACAAACAGAGACAGGUCCGUGACAUGAUGGAGCGUGGCGUUCAGGACGUGUCCUCUCUGAGUCAGGAGGAGGUUCUGAUCCAGCAGGCCGAACACAGGCUGCAGUUUAAAGAGAAACAGCUCCUAUCUCUCCGUGAGAAACAACUCCCCGCUGUCUCCGAGGAGCGACAGAGAGCCAGUGAGCUCCUGGAAAGAGUGAGAGGGGGAAGAGGGUCUCCUAGUUUGGACAGAAGUUCAGAAGAAAUGGACAAAGAGCUGGACGAGACUCUGUAUCAGGUUGAGAAGGAGCUAGAGGAGAAGGAAGAGCGCUUGUCUCAGUACAGCGCGAGCGCCGAGCAGUUGCAGCAGCUGCAGCAGUCGUACGAGUUCACGGCAAACGUGGCCCGCCAGGAGGAGAAGGUUCGCAGGAAGGAGAAGGAGAUCCUGGAGUGGAGGGAGAAACAGCAGCGGGAGGCUCUGGAGCAGGCGGUCGCGCGUUUGGAGAGGAAACACACGGCCUACCGCAGGAGCCUCAGCCUGGAGCCGGACACCGAAGGACCCCGCAGGAGGUCACAGUCCGCACUAGGACAGAGCACUUCCAGGUUUACAGGAACACAAGACAUGGACCAGGACAGGAUGGAGCGAGAGAUUGCCCAGCUGAAGCAGAGGAUCAGUGAGAGUGAAGGAAGCGUGCGGAGUCCAAGUGUGAACGGGGAGGAUAAGAACAAUGUGAACCAGUCGCCUGUCAGCCCCAUGCAGACCCUUCCCUCUGUACUGUCGAUAGGAGAUGAGAGGAUAAAUGCAUAUAUUGAAGAAGAGGUGCAGCGGAGACUGCAGAAACUGAACCUGCUGAACAGAGAGAAUAACAACACACUCUCACUGUCCUCAGACUCACUACAGGAGGAGGAGCAGGAUAGUGACGGUAGCUCUGUUAGAUUGACGGAUGAGGACAACGAUAAAAAACGCAUCGAUCUGCGCAAACUGAAAUACGAGCGACUGGUGUCGAUUCCUCUGGAUCCAAGUCCAGAGAGUCUUAAGGAUCCGGUGAAGAUCAGUAUUCCGCGUUACGUCCGGUGCGGACAGGGCAAAGACGAACACUUCGAGUUUGAAGUCAAGAUCACUGUUUUAGACGAAACGUGGUCUGUGUUUAGAAGAUACAGUCGUUUUCGGGAGAUGCACAAAUCUCUGAAGCUGAAAUAUCCAGAGCUCGCAGCUUUAGACUUCCCUCCCAAAAAGAUUUUUGGAAACAGAGACGAAAGAAUGAUUGCGGAACGCCGGAGUCAGUUGGAGCAAUACCUGCGGAACUUCUUCCAUGUGAUGAUGACAUCAUCCUCCUCUUCCCCACUGAGAACGGAUGAGUUUGGAUUAAAUCUCUCAAAACACGCCGUGUGCGACAUUUCUCCUUUCUUUAAGAAGGGAGUGUUUGACUACAGCAGUCACGGGACGGGCUGACACACACAUACACAUGCACACACACACACACACACACACACACACACACACUCCACAUAAACACUCAUUGACAUGCACUUUAUGCAGCUCUCUGAUAUACACACACAUAAAUACAAACAUUUCACUCACAAAGAAAUUUCACCCUAAAAUAAGAAAUUAUAUUCUGCAUUAAAAAAAACAUUGUGACAUUAUUUGCAUGACAAUUAAGCACAUUUUACCUUCAAAUUACAUUGUUUUUAUUUGUGAGGUUUUUUUUGUAGUCUGGGGUGAUUCAGAAUUUGCGUUCUGUAUUAAAAUUAAAAAUGACCCCAAAAAUUAUUAUAAAAACACUACCAUACUUUACAAUCAGUUUAAACACUAUCAUUUUGUUUUUUGCGUAUUGUCAUGAAAAUAAUACCAUAAUGGAAACAAUCCUAACAAUACAAGGUUUUGAAGUGAAAUAUGACCUGGUUUCACUCGUAUACUCAUGAACACACUCAGGAACGUUGGAAAUCAGGUGAAGCAGGAAUGAAAAAACAUCCAAAGUAGAUGUAAAUAGUUUUGUUAGUGCCUUGUUGGCAGUAAUUGAGCUUUAAAUGCUUCAAAAAUCAGAAAUAUGGAGUUAAUCUGACAACAGAUGGUCAUCAUAACCUGCUUCAAACAUCUUGUGUUUACAUCGAGGACCAUGAAGCCUGUUUCUGUGGACAAACAGGAUGUCCUGUAGCUGCUACUUUGGUUAGUGAUUCACUUUAAAUCAUGUUCAUGUUUAAGUUGCUGCAUAUAAUGAAUUGCCACUGCUUUACUCUGUCCGUAAGAGUUGUAACUGCCAUUAAUGAGGCCUGUGAUUGGCUCCAAUCUAUAUAUACUCACUAUUAUCCAUUAUACUCAUGCUAACAUUUAGCAGAUAUGUUUUUUAAUAACCACUAAGAGGUCAAAGCUCACAAAAUGGCACAUGUACUGUGAGCCAAUGUCUUCCAGAAAAGAAAACUAAUGCAUGUGAAUCAGAAUUAUCGUCCUGCUCACUGCCCUGGACGCAGUUAAAGGGCUUUUAAUGUAGAAUAUGCUGUAAUUUGAACUCUAAAGAAGAUUAAUGUUCAGCACUAUAAAGCCAUAUGUAUAUGCAGAAUGUAUAUGUAAAUGUAUUGUACACUUGAUCUGUACAGAGGAGCUUGUUCUCGUGAUGUUUGGUGGAAAGGGAUAGUACUGCUAUAUUAGCCGCUAGGAUUUUCUUGAGGACUGUAGAACUGGACUUGUACUGAGAGAAAGAUGUAUACAUUUUUAAAACAAUAUUUUCAUUUGAUUUUUUUUAUUUCUGAAACUGAAUGUAAUAAUUUGUGAGUAAUAUGAUUUGGUAACUGUUUAGCACCAUAUUAAAUUCAUGGUUUAUUUAUGUUGAGUA